UCGGCGCUCGCUCACGCGCCGCCGCGGCGCAGUCCUCAGCGAGUGGCGCCCGGACCCGCAGCUCCGCCGCGCGCAGAGCUCUCAGGUUUCGCCGCGCAGCCCCACCGUCCCCGCGCAUGCUUCAGCGCGCUUCAGCCCGCUUCGCAAUGAGGGUCCCAGGUGGGCGCUGCGCGGCGCUGCUGGCGUGCCUCACCUUAGUGCUUUCUGUCUCAGAGGCAAACUUUUUGUCAAAGGAACAUGCUUCACAAGUCCUGGUUAGGAGACGCCGUGCAAAUGUUCUAUUUGAAGAAAGAAAAGGGGGUAAUCUCGAAAGGGAAUGCAUUGAAGAACUGUGUAAUAAAGAGGAAGCCAGGGAGAUCUUUGAAAACGACCCUGAAACGGAUUAUUUUUAUCCAAAAUACUUAGUUUGUCUUGGCUCUUUCCGAGCUGGAUUAUUCACCGCUUCACGUCAGUCAACCAACGCUUAUCCUGACCUAAGGAGCUGUGUCACGGCCAUUCCAGAUCAGUGUAAUCCUUUGCCAUGCAAUGAAGAUGGAUAUAUGAGCUGUAGAGAUGGCCAAGCUACAUUUACUUGCAUUUGUAAAUCAGGUUGGCAAGGAGAGAUGUGUGAAUUUGAUAUAAAUGAAUGUAAAAAUCCUGCAAAUACUAAUGGAGGAUGCAGCCAGAUUUGUGAUAAUACACCCGGAAGUUACCACUGUUCCUGCAAAAGUGGUUUUGCUAUGCUUUCAAAUAAAAAGGACUGUAAAGAUGUGGAUGAAUGCGUUGUAAAGCCAGAUAUUUGUGGCUCAGUUGUGUGCAAAAACAUCCCCGGAGGCUUUGAAUGUGAAUGUCCUGAAGGCUACAGAUACAGUCCCGUAUCCAAGUCCUGUGAAGAUGUGGAUGAAUGUUCUGAGCACAUGUGUGCUCAACUUUGUGUCAAUUACCCUGGAGGUUACUCAUGUUACUGUGAUGGGAAAAAAGGAUUCAAACUUGCCCAAGAUCAGAAGACCUGUGAGGUUGUUCCACUGUGCCUUCCCCUGAACCUUGACAAAAAUUAUGAAUUACUGUACUUGGCAGAGCAGUUUGUAGGAGUCGUUUUAUAUUUAAGAUUUCACUUGCCAGAAAUCACCAGAUUUUCAGCUGAAUUUGAUUUCCGGACAUAUGAUUCAGAAGGCAUUAUACUGUAUGCAGAAUCUCUUGAUCACUCAGCUUGGUUCCUGAUUGCACUUCGUGAUGGAAAGAUUGAAAUUCAAUUUAAAAAUGAUGAAACAACCAAAAUCACCACUGGAGGCAAAGUUAUUAAUGAUGGUCUAUGGAAUAUGAUCUCUGUGGAAGAAUUAGAACAUAGUGUUAAUGUUAAAAUAGCUAAAGAAGCCGUGAUGAAUAUAAAUAAACCUGGAAGCCUUUUUAAGCCUACAAAUGGAUUUCUGGAAACCAAAGUAUACUUUGCAGGAUUACCUCGGAAAAUGGAAAAUGCACUCAUUAGACCGAUUAAUCCUCGACUAGAUGGAUGUAUACGAGGCUGGAAGCUGAUGAAUCAAGGAGCUUCUGGAGUAAAGGAAAUUAUUCAAGAAAAACAAAAUAAGCAUUGCCUUGUCACUGUGGAGAAGGGUUCCUACUAUCCUGGUUCUGGAGUUGCUCAAUUUAGCAUAAAUUAUAAUAACAUAGCCAAUCCUGAGGUUUGGCAGAUAAACGGGACCUUGAAUAUCCGCCCAUCCACAGGCACUGGUGUUAUAUUUGCCUUGGUUUCUGGUGAAACAGUGCCUUUUGCCUUGUCCUUGGUGGACUCCACCUCUGGAAAAUUUCAGGAUUUCCAGGUGUCUGUUGAAAAUACGGUAAUAUGUUGGAUACAGGCCAUAAAUUUGUGUUCCAGUCAACAAUUCCAUCUGGAAUUCAAAGUCAACAGACACAAUCUGGAGCUGUGGAAUCCAUUUGAAAAAGAUACCUUCUGCUCUGGAGACCUUCAAAGUCAACUUGCCAUCUUGGACAAAGCAAUGAAAGGAACAGUGUUCACUUAUUUGGGUGGCAUUCCAGAUGUUCCCUUCGGUGCUACACCUGUGAAUGCCUUUUAUAAUGGUUGUAUGGAAGUGAAUAUCAAUGGUGUUCAACUGGAUCUGGAUGAAGCCAUUUUUAAACAGAAUGAUAUUAGAGCUCACUCGUGUCCGUCAGUUUUGAAAAACACAGACAGUUCUUAAGGCAUCUUUUCUCUACUGAUACCUUUUUUCUGUGUAUAAUUUUACUUAUGUUUCAAUAACAGCUGAAAGAUUUUA